AUGCACGCCCUGUUCAAGCAUUACUCGCCUAACUUCCUCGGAUGCUCAGGAUCUGGACAAAGGCCAUUGUUCUCGGGCAUAAGCCACAUCAUCCAAAGCGAGGCGGUGCAUAGCCAGACCAACCAUGUCACGGUCCCAUCGUUGAAGUUGCAUCAACACCGUGUGGCUGCUCUGACCGCAAAACCUGUUCCCGCUCGACCCUUCACCGUAUCCACACCAUCCUUCAGUGGCUCGAUGGCAUCCUCUAGCGACCACGAAGUCGACUCUGGCUACUCGUCCUCCACGUUGGAGCAGGAAGUUUCUUCUCGCGUUCCCUUACCCACUCCUUUCUCCCAAAAUAUCGCGGCAAACGUGGUAGACUUCCGGUCUCAGGGCGCGCGCGGCGUAUCCCUCGCAGACUGGAUCCGGCUCUCAGAAAAGAGGAAGACGCACACAUGCCUCGACGAUCCCAACGAGAGCUUGGACGAACUUGUGGACGAUUGGAAGAUAUUAUACCAGUGUCAGUGGCCUGGAUAUGACGCCCACACGUGCUACGUAGCCGUGCCCGAAGAAGUUGCUGCGGGCACCGCUCCUUUGACGAAGGUCGACUUGCUCGACAUGGUCUGCCAUACUCUAGCAGAUUGGGUAUUAGCGGUUACCAGGCGCAGACACACGGAGUGUUCGGCUCCGGCGUGGGUCAUCGGACUGGACGAGAUUACGUUCAAGCACAUCUACCUCGUGUCCGUGGUCGAAGUGGAGGGCUACGUAAGGAAAUGGGUGCCGGUCCUAGAGAUCGAUGCGGAGGCUCUUAGGAGCUGA